UUGCUUUUUCAAAAUGUAGUUCCUUAACUUCCUUUGUUACAUCAGAAGGAUUUUGGCUAGAUUUUGCGUUUUGUGUACAUUCGGUUUGGGGCGCAUGGACACUUGGUGAGUGCGCGCGCGCGCGCGCCUGUAACCCGAGUAGAUAGUGACAGCCGUCUGACUUGAAGGCAACUGUUCUGAGAAAAAAACACGAAUGGACCCACACGUUAACUUUAUAUGAAGACAACACCGUGAAUCUCAAUGAAGGCCCAGGAAUGGAUUAUAUUUACGUAUUGCCUCUAUGGUUUGUGUGCAACAGGAGGUGCAUCAGAAAUGGAAGAUAUUCUGAUGAAGAAGCUCUUUUCAAAAUAUAACGUCAAAGUGCGGCCUUCAAAGACACCAGAGGAAAGGGUCGUUGUUAGGAUUGGCAUGACCCUGUCAUCAUUCGUCAGCCUGAACAUGAAAGAUGAGGAAAUGAACACUAUUGUUAUCAUGAACCUGGAGUGGAAUGAUUAUCGUCUUUCUUGGAACCCAAAAGAGCAUGCUGGAAUUGAUGUGCUGCGUAUCCCGUCUGCAAAAGUGUGGCUUCCUGACAUUGUUCUCAUCAACAAUAAUGACGGGGUGUUUGGUGUAGCUCUGCAGGUGCACGUACAGGCCUACAGUAACGGCCGGGUGACAUGGACACCACCUGCACUUUUCCGGAGCUCUUGUGGAGUGAAGGUGACAUACUUUCCAUUUGACUGGCAGAAUUGCACCAUGGUUUUUCACUCAUACACAUAUGACGCCUCAGAAGUAGAUCUGCAGCACGGCCUUGAUAAGAAGGGAAAUGAAAUCCGAGAGGUAGUCUACGACACAGGCUUUAGCGAGAGCGGAGAAUGGCACAUUCGUCACAAAGUUUCUAGGAAGAAUGCGCGAGAUGACCUGUACGAGGACAUUACCUUCUACCUGAUCAUUGAAAGAAAGCCCAUGUAUUAUGUGUUUAACAUUGUCCUGCCCUGUAUCCUCAUCACCAUCAUUGCCAUCUUUAACUUCUAUUUGCCACCGGAUGCAGGAGAGAAGAUGGGUCUUUCCAUCAACGUGCUGCUAACUUUAACUGUCUUCCUGCUGCUGUUGGCCAACAAAGUCCCAGAAACCUCUCUGGGUGUGCCCAUCAUUGUCAACUACCUGAUGUUUACCAUGAUCCUGGUUACCUUUUCCGUCAUCCUCAGCGUUGUUGUGCUCAACCUUCACCAUCGAUCACCCAACACACACCAGAUGCCCCUGUGGGUGCGCAAGAUCUUUAUCCACAUGUUGCCUCCUUACCUAGGGCUAAGGCGACCUAAAGUGGAGACCCCUCUGUAUCUUGAGAAACCUCCCAAAAAGGAAAACACUCAGGCCAUCAGGAGACUGGCAGACGAGUACUUCAUCCGCAAGCCGAAUAACACCAGCUUUCUUUUCCCCAAACCAAACAGGUAUCAGCCAGAGGGUCCGUGCACUGACCUGAGGAAGUUCAUUGAUGGACCCAGUCAUUACCUGACUCUUCCUCCAGAGCUAAAGGGUGCCGUGGAUGCCAUCACCUACAUCGCCGAGCAGCUGCAGGCUGAGAAAGAUUAUGAGGCUUUGAAGGAGGACUGGCAGUAUGUUGCCAUGGUGGUCGAUCGACUCUUCCUCUGGAUCUUUGUGAUUUUUACCACCGUUGGGACGCUGGGCAUUUUCGCUUAUGCCAGCUUCAAUGCCACGCCCACAGACCCCUUCAUGAGCACCUAAGCUCAAAGGUCAUCUCUCCAACCGUAGACUUUUCAUUCUGAAAGCUUUGACCUGAGAUUUGUUAUGGAUUGCUGCAAAAUCAGUACAACUGUAAGAGUGGUAGUGCAGUGGUUUAUUCACACAGUAUUUCAGUGAAGCCAGAAGCCAAAAAGCAUUAAUCUGAUCUGUUUUGUGUGAUUUUUAUAAUUGUUUUCAGCCUUUUGGCAGUAUACAGAUAUUUAUGCGUUUGCUCUGAAAUGCCAAGUGUCAUCAUUUUUCAACUAAACAGCUGUGUCCAAAACAUUCAAUCUUAGAAAUAAAGUGCUAUACAACUAAUUAAAAGUACUAAGCCAUGUUUUCCACACUAUUUUCAUCAAAUUUCAUCAAUGCAUGAUUCAGGAGAGAAGGUGUUUUUGUUUAUCUAUAUGAAAGAAGUGUAAAAUGAUGCUUUAAUGUAAGAAUAUGCUUAGUAACUGUAAGUGAUUGUUGUGUUACACAGUGUGAUCUGUAAUCCUAAAUGUGUGAAGUCAUUUUGAUUUUGAAAAGAGCAGAAAAUAUAUCCAGUCGAAGGUCAGAAAGGUUUCACUACCUUUAAAAUAAAGACCUUGUAAUGUUAUACGUGUCAUACUGGAUGUCCUAAACAGUGUGCUGUGCGAAUGUGUUCAUAUGUACGGUCUAUUGUAUGUUCCAAUAAUAUUUAUUAAACACAGACACGCGUGCACUGUUGCACAUACUCGC